CUGUAUAUUACGGCUGCACAAUAACUACGGCGUGUCAGUUAUUCUCCGAAAAAUAAUUUCAAAAGGCGAGACAGUGCGGGAAAGAUUGAAAGCGACAUGUCAAGCACGACGAGGCUGGAUGAUACGGAGUGCGCAGUUUUCGGCGUGCUGACUGCUCUUGGUUAUAUCGUGGGUCUUUACUUCUCAUUUGCUCGUCGACGGAAACGGGUGGCGCCCAGCGAGAGCGGCCUAGUGGCUGCGGAACUGGAGGCGUUCUUAGGAGGUCGCAGCCUUCCGUCGGUAGCGCUGGCCGUGUCCAUUCUGGCUUCAGCAGUGAACGGCAUGAACGUGGUGGCUGUUGUGGGACACUACUAUGCGUACGGCUUCCACCUUUUCUGGACCGUGGCUUGGGUCCCUAUUAGCGCCACUUUCGUGGCGGUAACUUUGGUGCCGCUACUCUACAGCCUACGGGUUUCAACCAUAUUUCAGUAUCUACGAAUGCGCUUCGACAACAAGGUCGGCAUCACUGCUUGUGUCAUCUACUUUGUACUCAGUCAAACUCUUGGUGCCAUCGGAAUCUACAGCGCGGCCAUUGCAAUAUCAACAAUGCUUUCUGUCCCUCUGAUCUACACUGAUAUUGCCAUCGGCUUAGCAGGAACAACGUACACCGCCUUGGGUGGACUUCGAAGCGUUGUGUGGGCGGACUGCAUACAAGCUGCUGUCAUGAUAGCCUCGCCAAUCGUAAUCAUCGCUAAGGUCUUCUACGACUCUCACCGUGUAAGCCAGCCCCUGAGACCGCUUAGUGAUUUCAACGUCACUACGUACAUGUUACGGAAUGAUUUCGACGUCACCACUGAUGAGAAUAUGUGGACUGCACUGGUGGCGUGCGUACCCUACUCGAUUGUACGCGUGGGAUUUGACCAAAUGGCUGUCCAAAGGUUUAUGGCUGCCAGGACCGCCCGUGGUGCUAAAAGGAUAGCCAUAGGAGGAGGACUGAUGGUGUUCGUGUUCUUUGUACUCGUUGGAUUCACUGGCAUAGCCGUAAUUUACUGGUUCAGAGACUGUGACCCUCUACUCUCUGGCGCCAUCGUUAACUACGAUCAGAUCCUUCCGUAUUACAUAAAAGAGAGCCUAUCCGACGUGAAAACGCUACGAGGUCUGUUCUUGGCUGGACUACUUAGCGCGUCAACGAGCACUGUGUCAUCGGUCGUGAAUUCACAUGCAGCUACAAUCUACAUGGACGUUGUCGCACCUUACCUCGACUUGAGUAAGCGAAGAGCCGUCGUUCUGAUGCGUCUUUUAGCUUUUGCAAGUGGUGUCAUAAUGACGCUUUUUGCGAUAGCCGUGCCAAAGCUGGGAUCAGCUAUACGGCUGUUCACCGCCUUUUACUCAUCCGCUUCGGGACCUUUCGCCGGGCUCGUACUCCUUGCCAUCUCGUCUCCGUGGAUCAAGGCAAAGGCAGCAGCAUGGGCAAGCCUGCUGGUGUGCGGCCUGCAGCUAUGGCACGCCAUUGGCAGGGGCCUGUCAGGCAUGGCGACACCACCAAUCCUUUACGGGACGCUGGAUCGUUGCCCAUUGCCCACAAAUUUAACUGACGGAACGACCACGCCCGCUUCGACACACGCGAUGUCACAUGAAAGCUCAAACGUGUUCCCAUUGUAUCAGCUUUCUCACAUUUGGAUUUCAUUUGUCGGAGCUCUGUUAACAAUGCUGCUCGGCACCAUCUUCAGCAUUGCCAAAGGGAAUGACGCUGAAUUACAAAAGAAUAUCCGCCUCACGUGCCCAGCAUUUUUGAAGAUAUGGUGCCGCUUUAAAUGUCUUCGGCGAGCGCUGAAUCUGGACCAAAAUGUUCCUAUGACAUGCGUCUUCAGUUCCUGCGAUCAAGACGAAGACGCUUACGUACCCUUUGAAACCGAGCUGCUAGAAACAGUGAAAAAGCAGGCAAAAGAAGAAAAUUGUACAUAAACAAUAAACAGCCUGAACGACACGAUUUUCAUCCAGCAUAGAACCAAGACUGAUUUGUUUACAAUAUAUGCACUCAGCG